AGCAAUCUAAGGAACUGCGAUAGAAAUUUGUCCCCAAGAGAACAAAUAUCUGACCAACAAAUCGGUUGUGUUUGUCAGACUUUAUGUUGGAAGUUUAAAAGAUUUUUGAGAACUCUCGUCUUAAGUUAAGUUGCGGGGUAUAGUUCUUCACACUUUCUGGUGUCAUAUAUUGACACACGUUGCCCUUAGCAACGUGCGUAAUGAGACCCAAUGAAUAAUUCAACCACGCACGUACGCACGGACUGUACAAUAUGAAUACGAAUUUCGUCUGCACGUAUCCCCAACGUGUGAUUGUACAAGCGAUUUUGAGUCAACAGAACUGAAGCUACCCUCUCAUGCCGACUGAAAAACAAAUUUAUUUAGAAGCAUGAACCGACUAAACAUAAGCAUGGUAUGGCUGAAAUCCAAAGGAGUUGUCUAGGUGAAGAUUAGACGCUUUUCAGAGGAAGGAAUCUGAUCUAUUUGGGACUUCUUGCUGGCUAGAUUUUGGCGAAAUCUCUGGUAUUUGUCAUGCCGAGAGUCUAAGAUGUGCAGUACUUGUGGAAGACAUGUCGCCAGUUUUAAGACAGCAGAUCAACAUUUUAGAACUCGUUAGAAGGUUGAUUUAGCUUUGGGACUCUUGGACAAACUUACAUGUAUGGAAUUGUGAUACUGGAGUAGUGACCUGAACAGCAUCUCAAGCGAAUGUUUCAAGCGAAGGUCACAUCUGUAGAUCCAUCAAGUGGCUGGAGAUGUACCGUACCAUAGAUGCUUUGGAUUAGUGUUUUCAUGAACUGGUUGUCUUGUAUUGCGUGAAGAUCUCGGCGGUGGGCUGAUGAGGACCCUGACCGCCAUGGAGAAGUAUGAGAACCUGGGGCUGGUGGGGGAAGGCAGUUACGGCAUGGUCAUGAAGUGCCGACACAAGGAGACCAACCAGACAGUGGCCAUCAAGAAGUUCAUCGAGUCAGAGGACGACAAGAUGGUGAAAAAGAUCGCGCUGCGGGAGGUGCGGAUGCUCAAGCAACUGAGGCACGAGAAUCUGGUCAACUUAAUCGAGGUCUUCCGACGCAAGAAGCGCCUCUACCUGGUCUUUGAGUUUGUGGAUCACACCAUACUGGACGAGUUGGAGCGAUACCCCAACGGUCUGGACGAGAACGUGGUACGGCGCUGCAUGUGGCAAGUCUUAAAGGGCAUCGACUUCUGCCACAAUCACAACAUAAUUCACAGAGACAUCAAACCAGAGAACAUCUUAGUUUCCAAGUCGGGCAUUGUCAAGCUGUGCGAUUUUGGCUUUGCCCGGACGAUAGCGGGGCCAGGGGAGAUCUACACAGACUACGUGGCCACAAGGUGGUACAGGGCACCAGAGCUCUUAGUUGGGGACACCAAGUAUGGAAAAGCUGUAGAUAUCUGGGCGUUAGGUUGUUUACAAGCUGAAAUGUGUACAGGUGAGCCGUUGUUCCCAGGCGAUAGCGACAUAGACCAGCUCUACCACAUCAUCAAAUGUUUUGGCAACUUGAUCCAAAGGCACAAGGAGGUGUUUAUGAAGAACCCUCUGUUUGUGGGGAUGCGUCUGCCUGAGGUGAGGAACGUGGAGCCCCUGGAAAAGAGAUUCCCGAGUCUGACGGCACUCUCCAUCACAGUCAUGAAGAGCUGUCUCCACCUGGACCCGGACGAGAGGCCCACCUGCUCCCAGCUCCUGCGCCACGACUUCUUCAAGAAGGACGGCUUCGACGAGAAGUUCCCCUCGGAGUUGCGGGCCAAGAUCGCCAAGGAGUUUGACUGCAACCCGCUGCUGCGGCCCAGCGGCGAGGAGAAGGAGAAGGAGGGAGGCGGGGAGGAGAAAAAGAGGAGCAAAAAGAGCAAAAAGGACCAAAGCCACAGUCACUCGGACAAGGAGCGAGAGAGAGAGAAAUACAAAAAGAGGCACUCGGACGCGGACAGGCACAAGACGCCGUCCACUCCCCCAGACAUCGGUGACAAACACGCCAAGGUGUCAUCUGAAGGCAGCCGGAAAUUUUCGGAUGUGUCAGAGUCUCACAAGAAGACCUCCAGCAAGACGGGUUCGGGCUCUCCCAUCCCUCCCCUCACCCCCACUAGCAAAAUGCUUCCGUCCACCAUGGCAGCCAGCCACAAUGGCGCCUCGAAUCCUCCAAUGCAGUCGCAGGGGGGUGCGGGCACCCCGGCCCCCAUGAGCACGAUAACUGUCGGGACAAUUGGCGGAUCCAAGGGGAGCCAUACGUCAAACAGUACGAGUGGACCGCCCCCGCUCAGGGCCUCAGACAAGGUCAAAAAGACCACCACGAACACCUACUACAAGAAGCCGGCCCAGCCCCCGCCAGCCCACCACAGCAGCGGCAUGCCCACCCCAGUCCAGUCGGAGAAGACCACACUGCACGAGCGCACGCUGCCCUUUGACGUCCUGACGGCCAGCCAGCGCAAGUCCAAGGGGGCCUCCUCACCUCGACUAGAGCGGGAGGUCACUCACCUGCCCAACUUGGCCGGAGUCGAAGGUGACUCCAGCAAGAAAUUGGACAAGAAACCCAAGCUGAAGAAAAGCCAGCACACCCCUAUGCCCCACAUUGGUCACCACAACGACCCCAGCCACUCAGGCGCCAACAGCUCUCACCUCAACCAAACCUCCUCCUCUGAUGACUUCCGGGAGCACAACCUGCCGGCCGUAUAGCACAGGAUCCAAUCCUCACAGGCGUCUUGUUCUCGUGGACCUCAUUAAAACUCUGCACUGUAGUUUCAGGAAUUUGGUUCUGGCGUUAAGCGGAAACUGGACGCCAUACUUCAGAGUGCUAAUGCUGCAAUUGUCGACGGACUUUCCAAGGGCGUGAGAGCGCACUUGAUGGAGAAGAACUACUGAGGUUUAAUGUGUUUAACUUCCCCCUCCUUUUAAGGCUUCUUAGUAGUGGGAGUGUUCAAGAGGUGAGACCAAAUGCAGCCAGGGAAUCAUGGCACUUGUGGCCCUGAGCAGGCCAGUUUAUCACAAUUUAGAGCACUCCGAGCAAGGAAAGCCGCUGCUAGAAUAGACCCGACUUUUGAGCCAGGUUCCCCUUAUUUCUUGUCAUAAUGAAAACAUCCUGGCCAAGUCGUGAUAGUGUCGGCUCUCCAGCAUGAAAAGAGAGACUUGAGCGUCUAUCAUCUGGGAGCUAAGGUGUCCUAGUGAGAGAGAACACUUGUCUAUGCCUCAGUCAAACUUUUCUGUGUGGAAACAGCAGAGGUUGAACAACUCGCGAAGUAGUCCGUCUCUUGCUGAGAGUUUGUGUGGGAGAUGAUUUUUUUUUUUGGUCAGUACACAUUUAACACUGACGAAAUGGAGAUAAUUUUCACACAGGCAUCGCACAGCUGUAAAAUGUAAUGACAAGUCCAGACUGUAUAGUGUAUAGUCUUCUAAUCUAGAGUUAUAUUUCAUAGUACUAAGGACAUGUAGCCACCCACUUUGUGUCUGGACACAAAAGGGCGCCAUACUACACUAUAACCCAACUGCAAAUAUAAGCUCAUACUAAAUCUGUUUCACAUGGCUUAAUUCCACUAAUGAACUUUGAAGUUUGCCGGUGCUGUGAAAUAUGACUACGAUAUGAAAGAAGCCACAUGGUUUUAUCAGGUUGUUUGUUGUACAUAGACAUUGUAAAAAACAGAAGUUGCAUAUAUAGGCACUUUUUUUUUGUAUUCAACUGAGUUUACUGUUCUUUUAAUGGGCAUAUCUAACCCCCAGCAUUGCUUUAUGUUCCGUUUUUUUUGUGUGUGUGGCUUGUAAAUUUUGACUGCAGUUUCAGGCACAUGUAAUGCGCUAUUUAUUUUUUAGUUUUGGUGUUGCAACUUUAUCGUAUUGCCAGUUAUUGUCAGUGUCUCAGAGAGCUCCAGGGUUGCUUUGUGGCUGAGUUUAUCAGCUCCCGAACUUUAAUCUCACCCAAAGAAUGAUUCAUUCUUUAAUAUGUUUUGAGAAGCUUUUGAACAAAUAGAAAUUGUUUCUCUUAACCACUCGGUGCCGGGGUUCCCGAUACCGGACACCUUGGGUUUAAAUGCAUAGCCAGGGUGCCUGAAAUCUGACAGUGGAGCUUGGCCUUGUAACAAAAGAUCAUACUUGGAACAAAAGACCG